AGUGUCCGCCAUUUUGAUUAAAAAAUAUGACAGCAUCCUUGUCUGUCUUGCUGCAAUCUUGAGGGUAAAAGCGAUAAUCAAUUUACUGGCGCUGGGAUUGAUUGUACUAUACACGGGUGGAAGGGUCAGGCAGCCUCUGGUGAGCUGUCAAAGAAACACUCGCCAGAUUACUGACAGAUUUGGUUGAUGGGGCGUGCAGCUCCAGUUGACUGGCUUGGAAUAUAAACAAACUGCUCAACCAGCUACUUUAGCAGACUGACACACGCCCUGGAGCUAAAUGACAAGUGUGUGUGCGCCAAUGGUGUGAGUGUGUAAUCGUCCAUCCAGAUGACCAUUCCUUCCUGGGUCUAUGAGACAAAUGACUGAAGAGGUCUGACCAAGGACACACAUUAAUUAGCUGCAGCCAUGUUCUGGAAGUUUGACCUGCACAUGUCGUCCCAGCUGGAGGCCCUGCUGGAGAAGGAUGAUGUCACACUCACUGAGCUCAUGGAGGAGGAGGACUUACUACAGGAGUGCAAGGCCCAGAACCACAGGCUGCUUGUCUUCCUGUCCCAGGACACCUGCAUGCAGGAGCUGCUGCACCUCAUCACCACAGAGCCCCCUGCUGGCCUGGAAGAAACGAGACGUUUUAAGCACCCUAACAUAGCGUGUGAGCUGCUGACGAGUGAUGUGGGGGUGAUAAAUGAUAAGCUGGGUGGAGAGAAACUCCUGCUGGAUACCCUGUACUCUUUCCUGGAGCAGCCCCCUCCUCUCAACCCCCUUCUUGCGUCCUUCUUCAGCAAGACCAUCGGAAACCUCAUCACACGCAAGACCGAACAGGUGAUCUCCUUUCUGCGGGGAAAGGAGGGUUUCCUGGGUCUGGUCCUGAAUCACAUCAACACAUCAGCCAUGAUGGACCUCCUGCUACGCCUCAUCAGCUGUGUAGAGCCUGCUCCUCUCAGACAGGACACACUCAACUGGUUAAAUGAAGAGCAGCUGGCCCAGAGGCUUAUAGAGCUCAUCCACCCUGGGAAAGAUGAGGAGAAACAGUCAAAUGCAUCCCAGACUGUGUGUGACAUCAUCCGUCUCAGCAGAGACCAGGCCAAUCAGCUCCAAGAGAACUCUGAGGCUGACCCUCUGCUUGCCGUGCUGGAGUCGCAGGAGUGUGUGGGUCAGCUGCUGGACAACAUGUUUGUGGGAGAGAGGACAGAGAGCUGUAUCAUCUGUGGAACUCAAAUCCUUCUAACCUUACUGGAAAUCAGGAGGCCAGGGGUGGAGGGUAUGUUGGAUGUGUGUGUUCAGGGACAUGAGAGGUGUGUCAACAGUAGCAUCCUGCAGGCCAUCCAACCCCACCUCACACACUACCACCAACUACUGCUGGAUCCGCCCAGGGUGACCCCCAUGCUUACCAGUCUAGGUGUGUUGGAGGUGCCACUGGGUAACUGUCGUCUCCAUGUGGCCAGACUGAUGGCCUCUCUGCUACAGACCACUAACACCAGUUAUUACAUUUGUUGUAACAACACCAUUUAUAACAACACUGUCACACUGGAACUCUGCAGACUCAACACCAUAAACAUUCUACUGGACCUGUUCUUUAAGUACACCUGGAACAACUUCCUGCACUUCCAAGUGGAGCUGUGUGUGGCAGCCAUCCUCAGCCACUCUGCCCAGGAGCAGAGACCCCUGGUUACCCAGGAAAAUCCCAGGCUUCAGCAGGAGCCCCAGGAGAAGCAGGCCUCGCCUGGCCCUACACUCCCACUGCCCUCUGUUCCUCCCGACAUCUCCACACACAACCCACUGGUGACCCAUUUGUUUCAGGACUGUCGUCUGGUUCUGAGGAUAUUGGAGGCCUGGGAGGAGAAUGAUAAGAUGCAGGCGGAGGGGGGCAUGAGGAGAGGCUACAUGGGUCACCUGACUAGGAUUGCCAACACUGUAGUCUGUAGCAUGGAGAAAGGACCAGUACACAGCCAGAUCAGCAGCCUUAUUACAGAGCUGCUUGUGGAUUGCAAGGGGCGCUGGGAGACCUUUGUAGACCAGGCCCUGACAGAGAUCAACAGGAAGAACACUGUAGACCUGGUGUCUCACAACCUGCGCUCCUCCAGUGAAGACGAUGAUCGACAGAGUCCCUUCCCCAAAGAGCUGUCACUGCAACAAACAUUCUCAGACUACCAGAUCCAGCAGAUCACUGCUAACUUUGUGGAUCAGUUUGGCUUCAAUGACGACGAGUUCUCAGAACACGGCGACAACAUCAAUGCCACCUUUGACCGGAUUGCAGAGAUUAACUUCAACGUGGACACAGAGGACACUGCUAAGACUGCAGCAUUUGAGGCCUGCACCAAGGAGAAGAUCCAGUCGUUUGAUGACAACGAAGAGGAAGAUAUCUGGGAGGAGAGAGAGAUCAACUAUACUACACACACUAAGUCUAGGACCAGGUUUGGGGGGUCACGGACGUCUGUUGGAGCGGCUCAGAGUGAUGGGGUGAGCGAUACUGCUGGUAGCUCAACAGGUUCUGAAACGGAGGAGUGGGAGGUGCCUUUUGAGGUCACAGGUCAGGCAGAACACAGCAAGAACAUCAGCCAGACUGAGAACAUCAGCCAGACUGAGACUGCACAGAGCCCUGGCUGGGCGGCUAGUUUCGGGGAGGUGAACUCUAAAGCCCCCUCUCCUGGAGUGGGCAUGGAUCCAUGGGCUAACCCCACCCCCAAGUCUGGAGUGGGCGUAGACCUAUGGGGUAGCCCUGCCCCCACACCUGGAGUGGGCUUAGACCCGUGGGGUAGCCCCUCCUCUAAAUCAGGAGUGGGCGUAGACCCAUGGGGUAGCCCCACCCCCAAGUCCGAAGUGGGCGUCGACUCAUGGGACAGCCCUGCCCCCAAGUCAGAAGUGGGCGUGGAUGCAUGGGGCAGCCCCGCCCCCCAACCCAUAACUGCAGAGAAGGGCUGGGCCAAGUUCACUGACUUUCAGCCCUUCUGCUGUUCAGAGACAGGUCCGAGGUGCACUUCUCCAGUAGACUCCGAGAUCUGUGGGUCAGACAAAACAAAACCCAGCCAAGACAAGAACUCUUGUGUGUGGAGUGUGUGUGUGGCGAGGAAGGCUCCCCUGGUAGCAUCAGACAGCUCUUCAUCAGGAGGCUCAGAAAGUGAUGAAGAGGACAAGACUGAAUCUGUUACUAUGGAGACGGUAUCCAAGGAAAUGGUCACUACAGAGACCGCUGUUACAACCGCCGGACGGGAGACCAUCAGACUUAGGAUGGACGCCAACAACGAGAGAGCUGUCUUCACCAGUGAGGCUGACAUGAGAGAGAAAGAGAAGAUGAGAGAGAAAGAGAAGAUGAAGGAGAAAGAGAGGGUGAUGGGUGGAGGAGACCCUCUCAAUGCCACCGCUGCUCCCCUCAAAAUUCGGCCUGCCACCGUCACAAAAGACACACCAUCCUUGGCAAACGGACCGGCCUAGUACUACGGUACCACGACACACACACACACACUCCACUUUCCAACAACACUCCAUGCCAUGCAACGUCAUGUAUCGUGAGCAGUGCUGCCCUGUCAUAGGUCUGUGUCUAGGUCAUCUGCGGUGGCUGAGAGUCAAAAAGCAGAAGAGAAAAGCCAUUCCGGAAGCCAAACAACAGCUCCUAAACACAACAGUUUAUAAACAGAUUCAUGUGAUGUUUGUCCCUGGCCUACUGCUGUAGUCUCUCCUAGACACCUGUGUGUGUGUGUGUGUGUGUGUGUGUGUGUGUGUGUGUGUGUGUGUGUGUGUGUGUGUGUGUGUGUGUGUGUGUGUGUGUGUGUGUGUGUGUGUGAGAUCCAGCUUUAUGUAGUCUUGUUGUUAGUUCUUGGCUCAGCCAGUAGAGAAGACGCUCCAUUCCCGCUGUAGUCACAUCAUCAGCGCAGAGUAGUCUGAGGAGGGGAAUGAGUAGUCAGUACUGACUGUAAGAUCUUCAAAGACAAAGUGUGUUCCUAUUUUUUUUUUUUUUACUCAAUCAUUUCAGCAUAGAAAAUCCAGCCUGAUUAUGAAAAUUCUCCACUCUUUCUCCCUCUCUGUGUGGACUAUUCCGUCUGUUCUCCCUCUCUGUGUGGACUAUUCCAUCUGUUCUCCCUCUCUGUGUGGACUAUUCCGUCUGUUCUCCCUCUCUGUGUGGACUAUUACAGGUAGUGAAAAUAUUGAUUCUGUCUGUUCUUUCUCUUUGUGUGGGAGAUUUGGAAUAUAUAUUCUCAGGUUAAAAGAGCAGUUCUGUGGAUGUGAUGAAAGCACACCUGUGUGAUGUCACACACAGCAUGAGUACACACACAUACAGUGUGAUUAUUCACACACACACACACAAAGCUUGAGGCAUACACACUCCACUGUAUGAGUGUAUACACACAAACACAGCGUUUGCGCAGACAAACACUCACACCCUUCCAUAUCACCCCUCCACAGAGCUGUGUAAAUGUAAUAUUGUGACCUUUGAACCUUUUAUUAGGUUGUGGUAAAAUGUAAACGUAUUAUAAUGUAAACAGUAUAUAUAUAUAUAAACACGUAUCUAUUUUUGGUAUCAAUUCAGAUGUAUCGGAAAGCGGAUGUUUAGCAGGUUGCUGUGUGUGUGUGUGUGUGUGUGUGUGUGUUUAUAAUGGUGAAAUGAGGCAAUAAUGACAUCUGUGUUGUUAUGGUUUUUACCCCAGCAUCAGACCCUGAUACCCUGCUACAUGCUUCCUCCUGGGUGUGUGUGUGGGUACAUGUAUGUAUGUAUAUGUUUAAUGUAUUGGAAAUGUCUUCCAUAUCCAAUUCCUCAUGGUAUAUCAUCUUAUCAGUAUCUAAAGCGGUCUCUCUCCCUUCUCUCAUUUAGAGCAUGUCAUUCAGGUAUGACUUAGUGAAGUUAGUUUCUGUUGUUGUGUGGUUUUAUGUUUAAAGCACUUUGUGAUGGUGGUCAGAACCAUCAAGGUAUUUUACUCACAGCUGAGGAAGAGGUUUGACUUAAAGGAAUCAGUGAGUUAUUACAAAAUCUUAAUAAUAUUUGUAUGUGAUAUGACGAUUUGAUCCACCUAUUGUGAUGCCAAAGUGGGCUAGAGACUAAUGAAAUUGGCUAGAUUUGGGACAGGGAGAGGGAACCACCCUGAUAAAGCUAACCAGAGUUGUGUGCAGAGUUACGUCAUACCUUCACCCCAACACUACACACUGCAUCUGACCCAUACCACACCACACACUGCAUC